AUGGCAAUCCAACAAGCCCAGCGCGCAGAGGAAGAGCGCCAAGAGAAGGACUUCGACAAGAACUUUGUGAAUGGAGUGCUCGAGCGAGAGCGUUUGAUCGCGGAGCAGGAGGAGGCUGAGAAGCUGAAGGCCAAGAAGAAAGCCAUGGAGUUCACUGAAGCCUUGAAGCUGGAGAUGGCCAGAAAGGCUGCCAGCGAAGAGGAGCUUCUUCGUUUGCAGGAUGAAGAGUCAGAACGCCAGUGGCAAAAGCGCUAUGCACAAUGGGAGAAGGAAGAACUUGCUCGUGGGGAGCUUGGACAACAUGGUGUGGAUUUGCAUGAUUUGUUGCAUACGUUGAAGCAUCAGCUGCGUGAGCAGGUGAAAUCAGAUAUCGCCAAGGAGCGUGGGCAGAUCGAGCAGGAGAUGAAGCGCCUGGAGGCCAUCGAGCAACAACGUGAAGAGGGCGAGAAGUUGGUGGCCAUGCGACACCAAGAAGAGCUCUUCCGGCAGAUGGACUUCCAUCAGGUGCAGCGCCAUCGACAACUCCAGCAGCAUGCCAUCGAGCAGCGGCAGGCGUGA